UCCCUUUUAUUGUACGCACUGCUGAAUUUUGCUACAAUGUAAAUUUUAUUUAAAAUAGCAAAAUGAUUUUAAAGGAUACAGAAAAAAGGUGAGAGUUAAGCUGAACACAAUGGACAAGGUGACCAAUAGCCCACACAGACAUGGAGGGGAUAUGUGCUCCCUCACAAUCUGCCAGGAGAUUCUUCAGCGCCUGGAAGCGGUUUUAUCAGAAUGCAAUAAACCACAAGCCUGUGAUCUGAUAGAGUACUUCCUGUACUUACAUGAAAGGUAUAAACUUUCCCAAAGUGAGCAGAGUUGUUUGGACAUCACCAACAUUAGCAAAAACUCAGUUUCAGAGGAAGAUGUGUGCUUGGAGAGUAAUGAAAGCAGCACAAGUAAAGUUUUGAAAGCUGAAGAAGAAGAAACCCUACCACCCGCUCCCUCUCAGUCUAUUGACACUGAUACAGAAAAGUUAAAUUGUUCACAUUGUCAUGCCCAGUUUCAGUCUAAGUUAAAGGUGCAUAUUCAUUGUGCUUUAAAACAUAAGGGUUGUCUGAAGAAAUCACAGGAGACAAGACAUGACACAAAGUUUUCCACUGGAACUGCCUGUCCAUUAUGUGGGAAAAUGUUCUCAAAUUUCAAGAAAUUAAAAACCCAUAAGAAAUUAUGCAUACCAAGGAUACUGCAAAGGAAACCUAAACUAAAAGCACUGUAUCAAAGGUUAAAUAAAAAGCCAUAUCAACAUAGAUUUUUACGUCCAGGUUCCAUCCAAAUGCCUCUCUUCCCUUACACCUGUACUUGUGGACAAUUCUUCAAAUGGAGAAGCAUUUAUUUUCAUCAUAAAAGAAAAUGUAAAUUAGGAACAAAAAUGAAGGCUUCUAGGUUGCUUGAAAAAGUGAAAUACUCUUGUUUCCCUCAGCUGGAAGUGUCUGGUGCAUUAACAAAAGUGACUUUGGAUAACACAGAGAAAACAUCAGGUGAAAAUCUCUGUAAUGAAGACACUUUGUUACCAAAAAGUGACAUGCUAAGAGGAAAUGAAAGCAAAGACCAGAAUGAUGUCAGAGAACACAACUCUUUAAGAGAUCCAAAUGCAGGUUCCAUAAAGAUGGACUGUGUGCCAUUGAAUACCAUUGACAAAAGUCAUCCCUAUCCUAAUUGUAAACAAGAAUUGUUUGAUGACCAAGAACUGGAAAAUGAGGGAACAUGUUUUGAUGGUUCCCAAAGAAACACGCCAACAAAAACAGAUAGAUCAAGGAGCUUCAGUGAAUGUGAUGGAAGGCUAGUAUCAGUGAAGAGUGAACCAACAGACAGUUACUUUCAGGUUGAAGGAAUGAACUUAUCUAAACAAUGUUUACAGGAGAGUGGUAGCAGCCUGAAAGAGGAAGUCCCUUCAAUGGUGGACAACAGAGAACCACGGCAGUUGAGUGAGAGGUCUGAUGCCCAGAUGGUAGAGGAGGUCUCUGAUUGUGAAACCUUCUACAUGAGAGAUGAGGUAGCUAUUGUUGAUUUGUCAAAUAUGAAUGUUACAGUAAGUUCUUCUGAGGCGCAGAAAGAAAAGUUUGCCAAUGCAUCAAGUAAAUUUGAUCGAGGGGACCAAGUUCAACGGAAUAGGCAAAAUGACAUCUUUGACUGUGCGUCAUCUAAUCAAGCAAAAAAGCGGCACCAAUAUGUAUUGAAUCUCAGCAGUAAGCCAGAUCCUGGAGAAGAGAGAUUAGAAAUGCAGAGACAUUAUGGAAAUACAAGUGGGGGAAAACAAAUCAAUCAGACAUGUUUGCAGUGUCCUAAUUGCCUUGCAAUUUACAAGACCUCACAAGAACUUAUUUUCCAUAUCCAAAAUUCACAGUGCAGGAUUGUAUUUGAUUCAGCAAACACCAAGGCUAUUCAUCAUAGACUUUGUCGAAUAUGUAACAUGUCACUGAGCAGCUAUCCUGCCUUUGUACUACAUUUGCAAGAGAGACAUGGACUUCAGGGUAUUUACAAUUGCAAGCAGAAUUCCCAAAUGAAGCCUUGCAAAAUUUGUGGACAAAAGUUUCUCUCUGAAGCAUAUCUAAGAGAACAUGUGCAAGGGAAGCAUAGCAGUGUCAGAAGGUAUGCAUGUACCUGUGGAAAAUCCUUCAAAUGGAGAAGUUCCUUCAGUGGACAUAGACGGAACUGUAAUGGAACAAUAUCAUGCAUAAAUAAACCUUAUCCAACGGCAAUGUGUAGGUACACCAGGAAGAGACAAGGUUUGUUGAAUGCCAAUUGUGUACCACCACCCUCAAUGCCCAGAAUUGACAAGGAAUCACCAAUGCAACCCCCAAAAAUUGAGAAUGGUGUAGGAAUGGGAAAAAUUCCAGGUGUUCAUACUUUUUUAAAUGACCUAAAAGAAAAGUUUUCUAAGCCAAUGACUGCUAAUUCUGUCACAAAUAUUAAAGCCAAGGGUGCCCCCACUUUGUCUCCAAAGGCACAUUCAGAGGUUGUUCCACUUAAACCAGGGGGCAAGGCCCCAACAAACUCUUUAAAGACUGACCUUAACUCUCCUGCCACUCAAAAAAUAAUCGAAAGUUUGAAGCAGCGAGCAAAUUUUAAAUGGCCGAGCAACAAAAGCAUAUCAAAAAGCACUUCAAAAUCUGACCCUCAGAGCACACAACAUCCAUCAAGGGAUCUACACAAAUCUGUCCCCAUGUCCACUGUUUCAACAAAGACAGAAUCUGGGUCUCAGAAGCAAGGUCUUCUGACUAAAAAUGCAGCACAGACAGAGAGCAGCAUUUUCUUACAAAAUUCUGGCAGUCCAUAUGGAAUGGUAUUUCCUGCAGGAGACUCAGCAGCUAACCUGACUCAAUAUCUGCAAUAUCAAAAUUCUUUUGGGUUCAAUGCUUUAAAUAUGCAACAGUUGUAUCAUCAAAUGUCAGCCUCGUUGUCCAAGAUAUUAUCAUCACAAAAUAUGAAGCCAAAUCCUAAUGAGGAUAGUUUGAACAGAAAUGCUAACAAAACAUCUGAAAACUUUCCAGUGCAAUUUGUCAACAAGUCACAAAAUAAACCAAUGGACACAGCUAACCAAAACUACACAGGCAGCCAUGCAGAGAAAAAAUCAGACCAGUCCUCUCCUUCAUUUGUCAGAAACUCAUUUACCUGUCCCACAUGUAAAAUGACAUUCUUGGAAAAGGUAGCAAUGGAGAUGCACAGUCUUAAAUGUAAAAAUCGGUCCAUGUCCAUUUACACUUGCUCUAUAUGUGGAAUGAAGUUAAGGGGAAAGGCAUCACUUCGUGAGCAUACACUUGGAAAACACAGUGCCACAAGAUACUCUUGUUCAUGUGGAAUGAAGUUCAAGUGGAGAAGCUCUCUUGGGUCUCAUCAGAAACAUUGUGGAGAGUACAUGAAGAAAUUUUACUAGUGAUCACAUGAUAUAUAAAAGAGUUUAUUUACUGUUAGUGCCAUAUCAUCAUAGUCUUUGGUAGCUGUAUGUUGUAUUGUUUCUGUGUCAAUGUUAAUAAACAAAGAAAUGUUGA